AAAAACUAUAUGGCCCUUAAUUUUAUUUGAUUGUGACGUUCAUUUCUAAAUUGGGAUUGGGUAAUAAUACCUUAAAUACUCCUUCAUCUCUCAAAACCCUCUCUCACACAAAGACAUAGAGACAUUCAAAAUCCUCUCCUUCUGUUUCAGGUUGCGUGAAAAUGGGAGCAGGUGGCAGAACCUCUCUUUCACCCUCACAAACAAAACCAGAACAAGAUGAACAUUUGAAGCGUGUCCCAAUUACCAAACCACCCUUCACUCUUGGUGAAGUCAAGAAAGCAAUUCCACCACAUUGUUUCCAUCGCUCCUUAAUCCGCUCAUUUUCUUAUGUCGUUGUCGACCUCACCAUAGCCUCAAUUCUCGCCUAUCUAGCCGUAAACUACAUUCCCACCCUUCCCGGUACUCAUUAUCUUUGGACUUGGCCCAUUUACUGGGCCGUCCAAGGAUGUGUCCUGACCGGUGUUUGGGUCAUUGCACACGAAUGCGGCCACCAUGCAUUCAGUAAUUACCAAUGGGUUGAUGAUUUAGUUGGGCUUAUCCUUCAUUCAUGUCUUUUGGUACCAUAUUUUUCAUGGAAGUAUAGUCAUCGUCGCCACCAUUCGAACACUGGAUCCCUCGAACGCGAUGAGGUUUUUGUACCUAAGAAAAAAUCUCAAAUUGGUUGGUACUAUAAAUACCUCGACAAUCCGGUAGGACGAUUUCUCACACUCGCUAUAACACUCACUCUUGGCUGGCCGCUUUACCUAGCCUUCAACGUUUCAGGCCGAUACUAUGAUAGGUUCGCUUCACAUUACGAUCCAUACGGCCCGAUUUACUCCGAUCGCGAAAGACUUCAAAUCUAUGUUUCGGACGCAGGCGUUCUCGCGGUUUCUUAUGGGCUUUACCGUCUCGUUUUGGCACAAGGUUUGAAUUGGGUUAUUCGUGUUUACGGAGUUCCGCUUCUUAUAGUAAACGGCUUUCUAGUUAUGAUCACUUACUUGCAACACACUCAUCCUGCAUUGCCUCAUUAUGAUUCAAGUGAAUGGGAUUGGAUGAGAGGUGCUUUGGCAACUGUGGAUAGAGAUUAUGGAAUUCUCAAUAAAGUUUUUCAUAACAUAACAGAUACUCAUGUUGUUCAUCAUAUGUUUUCAACUAUGCCACAUUAUCAUGCUAUGGAAGCUACAAAAGCUGUGAAAUCUAUUUUGGGAGAGUAUUAUCAUUUUGAUGGGACUCCAGUUUAUAAGGCUAUGUGGAGAGAGGCUAAGGAGUGUCUUUAUGUUGAUCCAGAUGAAGGGAGUGAGAUUAAAGGUGUUUAUUGGUACAGAAACAAACUUGAGUAAUUAAUAAGGUUAAUGCUUGGUUUGAGAUACUAGUUGUUGGUUUUGAUGUUGUUUCGUUUGUGGUCUCUUGUUGAGUCUAUGUUCUUAGUUACGUGUCUUUGGAAUAAUUGCUAUGGUUAUCCAUGGAAAUAAUAAUGGUAAUUAAUAAUAGAAGGACAUAUAUAGUGCAUACCUCUUUGUUGAGUAAUAAAGUUGAAGUCUUGUAGUAGUAUUCAUUCGAUUAUUGUACUGAAUUGUUCAAACAUAUUAUUUAUGAUAUUUAGA